GUUAGGUUAAAUUAGAGAUACACUGAAUGCCAGGUUGGAUGGAGUAAUUUGAAAUUUGGCCCUUUAGAUGUGCUAUAGAUAAGGUCAGAGGUCACAAAGAUGCACUGUCACUAAGGCUGGAAAUUUUCACUUGACUGUGGAGAUACAUGGAAGAUCAGAUGUUUACCAAAAUCAUGAGAGAAUCCUCCUCGUGAUCAUCAUCACAGUCAGCACAGUCUUGAGACCGAUGCGAUACGUUUGUGAUUAGUGUGUUUUCAUGGGCUACUUAACAGGGCUUCAAUGUGACUCGGCCGAUCCUAUACGUCACGUAGAUACCUGCGGAAAAAACCGACAUCCCACGAAGACUCGCGGAAAUCUGGUUUCUUAGCAACCAGUGUGUUUGAAAGUUUAGAUUUCUCAGAGAGGACCGCGGUCCGGCGUAACGCAAAGUUUAACGCCGCAUGUUGAAACAAACAGUUUGUCCGUCAGAAUGUUUAACGUUGAGUUACUCUCAGACCGCCUUGCGAAGGCGAGUCUGCAGAGGCGUCGCGACAGAGAGGCUGAGAGACAACGGAGGAUUUUUAAUGACAAAGUGAGGACCAUUGGGGUUGACAAGGAAACCCUAGACAUGCAGGUCAAAGAGAAGAAGAAACAGGAAGAGGCAGAAAAAGGGAAGCAAAACGCACGCGAUGCUGAAAUGCUCCAUAAUAGCAAAGUAGCUUGCAUUCUCCAUAGCAGAGAAGUGAAGAACAAGCGUGCUAUGGAGAGGGCCAUUGUCAGCUACCAGCAUCAGCACCAGCAGCCUUGGAGCCAGAGGGAGUAUGACCUGAAUCAUCCAGACCGCUGUAGAAAAACAGACCUACGUGAUGCACAGAUGAUGCUCCCUGGCCUGGUGGGCGAGGACCCGGACAGUAAGAACAGACUGCAGAAGCAGAGGGAGCAGCUCAGUCAGUGGCUCAUCCAGCAGCAGAGUGAGCAGGCAGCGGAGAGGCAUCAGCGAAAGCUGGAGGAGAAGCGCUAUGACCAGAGCAGAGUAGAGAUGGACAACAGAGCUCUGCAGCUUCAGAGCCUUGAGAUGGAGAGGAGAAAAGCAGAGGCAGUUGCAACUAAAGAGUACAAUCUGGCCAGGGCAAAGACUGGAGAGAAGCGUUGUCAGAAAAAGGAAUGUAAUGAUGAAGAGAACAGAGCAGACCAACUGCAAGGACAGCUGACAGGUGUAGAUGUCAAACCCACCCUGGGCACGGUGGGAGUACCUGGUCUUUGUCCCAGCAGCGAUAGGAGAGCCCCUCUGGAGAGCACGCAGCAGCUCAUCCAGUUCCAGAAAUAUCAAAUAGAGGAGAAAAAGAGAAUAGAACUAGAGAAGAAGCAAGAAGAGGAACUACAUGAUCGCGUUCGCUUAGAGUCAGCUCGUGCGGCCCUGCUAAUAGAGAGGCAGCAUGCAAAACUGAACAAGCAGCUGAGACGACAUCUGGACAGCACCAACGUCCAACUGGCCCAAACACACAAGCAACAGAAACCGGACAUUGAAAGAGGAUGUAUCGAUGACAGCUUCUUCUCCAAGUUCAACACCUGCAGCAGAUGAUGGAUGACACACUGGAUCAAUGACUCACUCAGUACAGCAGAGAAGUACUGAUAACGGUGCUACAUGACAAGAACAUGG